GUUGGUACCAGCAAAGUGGUGAACUGGGGCCUUAGACAACAUAGAGUAGUACUCUAGCUCGGACUUGCGGAGAGGAGGGGUGUUUCCGGAGAUGAUGACAAGCUUGGCCUUGCCGGAUCGCAAGCUCUUGAGAGUAGACUUGUAGCCGAGGGUGACCUUUCCAGACUUCAUAACAAGCGCAAGACGCGAGUUGAUGCUGUUGGCAUCCUUCUUGUUCUUCUUGGGGGCCAUCUUGAUUGUUGGAUUUAUUCGACGUUUCGUGGAAGGUCUUGCGUUGUCGGAAACGAGUAAAGAAAUCAAGAAGUAGAAGUUGGAUAUGAAGAAGUCGCAUAAAAAAAUUCCAGUGAUCAGUGGUUUUAGCCCUAACUCCACUUUUCAAUCAGGCGAAUAUGAAAUAAAUGAACCAAUAAGGUACCCCGCCACACACCCACUUAAUCCGCUUAUGUGACUCGCCUUGCUUUGAAAUCAAAGUGAGGAAUUUCACCGCGAAAGUGUCAAAGGAGUCUCAGGUCUCUCCCUCCUGCUAGAUUUAAUCUUCCCCCAAACAACAACUUACCCUCAAUCCACCACAACAUCAUCGACGAACUCAUUCAAGAUGGCGCGUCGUCCCGCAAGAUGUUACCGAUACUGCAAGAACAAGCCGUAUCCUAAGUCGCGCUUCAACCGUGGUGUCCCCGACCCCAAGAUCCGCAUCUUCGAUCUUGGCCGAAAGCGUGCGACCGUCGACGACUUCCCUCUCUGCAUCCACCUUGUCUCCAACGAGUAUGAACAGCUAAGCUCCGAGGCCCUCGAGGCCGCCCGUAUUUGCGCCAACAAGUACCUGGUCAAGAUGGCUGGAAAGGAAGGUUUCCACCUGCGCGUCCGCGCUCACCCCUACCACGUCGUCCGUAUCAACAAGAUGUUGUCUUGCGCUGGUGCCGAUAGACUGCAGACUGGAAUGCGUGGUGCUUGGGGCAAGCCCAACGGAACCGUUGCCCGUGUCAACAUCGGUCAGAUCAUCCUGAGUGUUCGCACUCGUGAUUCUAACCGUGCUAUCGCUCUUGAGGCACUCCGACGAUCCCAGUACAAGUUCCCUGGCCGACAAAAGAUUAUCAUCUCCAAGAACUGGGGUUUCACUCCUCUUCGCCGUGAUGAGUAUCUUGAGAAGAAGGCUGCUGGCCGUGUCAAGGUUGAUGGUGCUUACGUUCAGUUCCUUACCAACCACGGUAACCUCGAGAACAACAUGAAGCGCUUCCCUGACGCCUUCACCGAGGUUUAGGUGGUUUAGUCAUGAAGAGAAAGCAAAUCUGGGUUGAGGGGACAGGCGUAUAAUGGGUUACCAUAGCACUGCUACAGGACAGUCAAUUCGGAUAUUGCAUUUGCACCACAUCGUUGUUCAUUUCGAUGACGUUCAUUACAGGCUUCGUGAGGAUGAGAAUAAUGAAUUUGACCACGAUACCUAGUUCUUAGGUCGGCCUGCCGUAGUUUUCCCUAGACAAUUCUAGAUGAUUGCUUUCUAAUAACUUGCGGAUUUUCACUUCGAGGACGUAUUGUAUAAGUUGAUAUGUGAACACUCGUGAAAUAGUAGCGUGUGUAGAUUUGAUUUGGAUGAGAUCUUAUG